CAAAGAGGAAAAUCCAUCAGCCAAUCAGGAAGCAGGUUGCCUUUUAAAACUCAACCGGGAAACUCGGAACCAAAACAAACGUCGUUUUGCUUGAGUAGAGGAGGAACGAUUUAACACAGAGAAACGCUACAGACAUGGACACCAUGAUUUACCUGGAUCAGGAGAACGGCAGACUGACCACUCCAGCCAUCAAAUCUCGCCAGAACAGACUGCACUCGGCUCCAGAUCAGUGCUUGAGAACACCUCUGGCAGGAAAGGCACGUCUUGGCGCUCCUCUGCAGUCCAGCCGUAAAGCUUUGGGUGUCAUAAAUAAGGUUGUUGCCACUCCAGCAGCCUCUCAUAAAACCGAGGAGAAGACCAAACCUGCUGAAGCCAAGUGUAAGGUUCCUGCUCCGCCAGCCAGUGAGGAGCUGCCAGAGAUUGAGAAGUGUUUCCCAUACAAUCCCAGUGAGUUUGAGACCUACGGUGUUCCAGAUGAAGUCUACCUCUCUCGUUUUUCUCUGGCUGGUCUGGGAAAACAGAUGUGGCCGACUGCUGCACCUGUGGAAGAGCUGCUUAUGGACCCAUGUUUGCCACUCUCACCUUUAAAGAUACCCAGAGCAGUGGAAUACGAUGAUGAAUUGGAGGCAUUCCUACAGACGAUCAGUGAGCUGACUGUUGACUUGCCCCCUGAGUGUGAACUCUAAACUUUGUGUAUAGGGAACUUUUGUACUUUUUAAAUUGUUUGCUUUACUGUUAUUAAACGUUUUAUUAAACUUCUGUUUGUAUGUUAAUUGACGCCAAGCGGUCUUUGUUUAAAUUUAAUUGGUUUAGUUCCUCAGUGUUAAGAUCUCAUUAAAGCGGUUUCAUUAAACAUUUUAACUGAC